GCAGGACCACAAGCAAGAUGUGCUGGAUGGACAGAGUGAAGGACAGCUGCGGCUCACUGCCUGCCUCUCCAGAUGAAUUUAUUCUUCCUGUCCAGGAGACUUGCAAAAAUGAAGAAAUGAGCUGCCAUGGAAUCCUGGCAAGAGAAGACGCCUGCUGCCAAUGUCUCCAUAAGUUGGAGUUCGUGGCAGAAGGGUCUUCUUGCUCCACAAUGUGGACAAAGUCAAGGAGGUUGAUCUAAGAAGUGAAAAUGGAAAAUGGAAGUGUUUGACUGAAAGCAAACCACCACAAAGAACAAAAAGGAAUGGCUACAGCACACUGUAACACUUACCAGAGCUUUUAAACAUGAAUAAUGGGGCGAUAUUAUGCAGUAUCAAUCUCUCCCCCGACCACAAGCUCCUCAAGGGCAGGGGACCUGCCGUAUUCAUCUUUGUAUCCCCUGCAACCAACUGGCACAUAUCUCAAUCAACGUCGGCAGAAUGGAAGCUGGCUGAAUUUAUACCCCAGGUCACAGUGUGGAGCUCAGACGGCUCGGGAGUUGAACGCAACUCGACCACAUACUGUCUCCACCACCCAUGCCAUUUCGGAAAUGCAGCAACCCAGAUGUAGCUUGUGGCCUUGGAAAGUCGCUAAAGUACAAGAGACAACUGAGUGGGGAAGGAAAGCAGCUGCGGCGAGGGAGCCUGGGAGGAGCCCUCACCGGGAGGUACCUCCUUCCAAACCCGGUGGCAGGACAGGCCUGGCCUGCCUCAGCUGAGACGUCCAACCUUGUGCGCAUGCGCAGCCAGGCACUGGGCCAGUCAGCGCCCUCGCUCACCGCCAGUUUGAAGGAGUUGAGCCUCCCUCGAAGAGGAAGCCUGGUAGAUUCCCAGAAGUGGAAUUGCUUGGUCAAACGUUGCCGAACAAGCAACCGGAAAAGUUUGAUAGGCAAUGGCCAAUCACCAGCAUUGCCUAGACCACACUCACCUCUCUCUGCCCAUGCAGGAAAUAGCCCACAAGACAGUCCAAGGAAUUUCUCCCCCAGUGCCUCAGCCCAUUUCUCUUUUGCACGGAGGACGGACGGGCGUCGCUGGUCUCUGGCUUCUCUUCCCUCCUCAGGCUAUGGGACAAAUACACCAAGCUCCACAGUCUCUUCAUCCUGUUCCUCCCAGGAGAAGUUGCACCAGUUACCAUACCAGCCAACACCAGAUGAAUUACACUUCUUGUCCAAACAUUUUUGUACCACUGAAAGCAUCGCCACUGAGAACCGAUGCAGGAACACACCCAUGCGUCCCCGUUCUCGAAGUCUCAGCCCUGGACGUUCCCCCGCCUGCUGUGACCAUGAAAUAAUUAUGAUGAACCAUGUCUACAAAGAAAGGUUCCCAAAGGCUACGGCUCAGAUGGAAGAACGUCUAAGGGAAAUUAUCACCAGCUACUCCCCAGACAAUGUCCUCCCCUUAGCAGAUGGAGUGCUUAGCUUCACUCACCAUCAGAUCAUUGAGCUGGCUCGAGAUUGUCUGGAUAAAUCCCACCAGGGUCUCAUCACGUCACGAUACUUUCUUGAAUUGCAACACAAGUUAGAUAAGUUGCUACAGGAGGCUCAUGAUCGUUCUGAAAGUGGAGAGCUGGCAUUUAUUAAACAGCUAGUCCGAAAGAUCUUAAUUGUUAUUGCCCGCCCUGCUCGGCUAUUGGAGUGCUUGGAAUUUGAUCCUGAAGAAUUUUACUACCUAUUGGAAGCUGCAGAAGGUCAUGCCAAAGAAGGCCAGGGAAUCAAAAGUGACAUUCCCAGGUACAUCAUCAGCCAGUUGGGGCUCAACAAGGACCCUUUGGAAGAAAUGGCUCAGUUGGGGAAUUAUGAUAGUGGGACAGCAGAAACCCCGGAGACAGAUGAGUCACUGAGUAGCUCAAAUACUUCCCUGAGACUUCGAAGGAAACCCCGAGAGAGUGAUUUUGAAACAAUUAAAUUGAUCAGUAAUGGAGCCUAUGGGGCGGUCUACUUUGUUCGGCAUAAAGAGUCCCGGCAGAGGUUUGCCAUGAAGAAGAUUAAUAAACAGAACCUUAUCCUUCGGAACCAGAUUCAGCAGGCCUUCGUGGAACGUGACAUCCUCACUUUCGCAGAAAACCCUUUUGUGGUCAGCAUGUAUUGCUCCUUUGAAACAAGGCGCCACUUGUGCAUGGUCAUGGAGUAUGUAGAAGGGGGAGACUGUGCGACCUUAAUGAAGAACAUGGGUCCUCUCCCAGUUGAUAUGGCCAGAAUGUACUUUGCUGAGACAGUCUUGGCCUUGGAGUAUCUGCAUAAUUAUGGAAUUGUACACAGGGAUUUAAAGCCAGACAACCUGUUGGUCACCUCUAUGGGCCACAUAAAGCUGACCGAUUUCGGAUUAUCUAAGGUGGGACUGAUGAGCAUGACCACCAAUCUCUAUGAAGGUCACAUUGAGAAGGAUGCCCGAGAGUUCCUGGAUAAACAGGUCUGUGGUACACCCGAAUACAUUGCCCCUGAGGUGAUUCUGAGACAGGGCUAUGGGAAGCCCGUGGACUGGUGGGCCAUGGGCAUUAUCCUCUAUGAAUUUCUGGUUGGAUGUGUGCCUUUCUUUGGGGACACUCCAGAAGAGCUAUUUGGACAAGUCAUCAGUGAUGAAAUCAACUGGCCUGAAAAGGAUGAGGCCCCUCCUCCAGAUGCCCAGGAUCUGAUUACCUUGCUUCUCAGGCAGAACCCACUGGAGAGGCUGGGAACAGGUGGUGCCUACGAAGUGAAGCAGCAUCGCUUCUUCCGCUCCUUGGACUGGAACAGUUUGCUGAGACAGAAGGCGGAAUUUAUUCCCCAACUGGAAUCGGAGGAUGACACAAGUUAUUUUGAUACUCGGUCAGAGAAGUAUCAUCACAUGGAAACGGAGGAGGAAGAUGACACCAAUGAUGAGGACUUCACUGUGGAGAUACGGCAGUUUUCCUCCUGCUCACACAGGUUUUCAAAAGUGUUCAGCAGUAUAGACCAAAUAACUCCGAAUUCAGGAGAGGACAAAGAAGAUAUCGAGGACAAAACCAAAAGCACAACUCUGCCAUCCACGGAGACACUCAGCUGGAGCUCCGAGUACUCAGAAAUGCAACAGUUGUCAACAUCCAACUCUUCAGAUACUGAAAGCAACAGAUGCAAACUCAGUUCUGGCCUGCUUCCCAAACUGGCUAUCUCAGCAGAGGGAGAACAAGAUGAAGCUGUCCCUUGCUCUGGAGACCCCAGAGAGGAGCCAGAAAAACCAGUCCUCCCUCCUGAGGAGUGUACUCAGGAGGAGCCCGAGGUCACCACACCAGCCAGCACCAUCAGCAGUUCCACACUGUCGGUUGGCAGUUUUUCAGAGCACUUGGAUCAGAUAAAUGGUCGAAGCGAGUGUGUGGACAGUGCAGAUAACACCUCAAAGCCAUCCAGUGAACCCACUUCUCACAUGGCACGGCAGCGAUUAGAAAGCACAGAGAAAAAGAAAAUUUCGGGGAAAGUCACAAAGUCCCUCUCUGCCAGUGCUCUGUCCCUCAUGAUCCCAGGAGAUAUGUUUGCUGUGUCUCCAUUGGGAAGUCCCAUGUCCCCGCACUCCCUGUCUUCAGACCCUUCUUCCUCACGGGAUUCUUCUCCCAGCAGAGAUUCUUCAGCAGCUUCUGCCAGUCCCCACCAGCCCAUUGUUAUCCACAGUUCAGGGAAGAACUAUGGAUUUACCAUCCGAGCCAUCCGCGUGUAUGUGGGAGACAGUGACAUCUACACCGUGCACCACAUUGUCUGGAAUGUAGAAGAAGGAAGUCCCGCACACCAGGCAGGCCUGAAGGCUGGGGAUCUCAUCACACACAUCAAUGGAGAGCCGGUACAUGGACUCGUCCACACUGAAGUCAUCGAGCUUCUGCUGAAGAGUGGGAAUAAGGUGUCAAUCACCACUACCCCAUUUGAAAACACAUCAAUCAAAACAGGACCAGCCAGAAGGAACAGUUACAAGAGCCGGAUGGUGAGAAGGAGCAAAAAGUCUAAGAAGAAGGAAAGUUUAGAAAGGAGGAGAUCUCUCUUCAAGAAACUAGCCAAGCAGCCUUCUCCUUUACUCCACACCAGCCGAAGUUUCUCCUGCUUGAACCGAUCCCUGUCAUCUGGAGAGAGCCUUCCAGGGUCCCCUACUCACAGUUUGUCCCCACGAUCACCAACACCCAGCUAUCGCUCUACUCCUGAUUUCCCAUCAGGUACAAAUUCCUCCCAGAGCAGCUCACCAAGUUCAAGUGCCCCCAAUUCUCCAGCAGGUUCAGGGCAUAUCCGGCCCAGUACCCUCCACGGCCUGGCCCCCAAACUCAGUGGGCAACGAUACCGCUCUGGAAGGCGGAAGUCAGCUGGCAGCAUCCCACUCUCCCCGCUGGCCAGGACACCCUCUCCAACUCCCCAGCCAACCUCCCCUCAGCGGUCCCCAUCCCCUCUGUUGGGACACUCGCUGGGCAAUGCCAAGAUCACUCAAGCCUUUCCUAGCAAGAUGCACUCCCCCCCCACCAUCGUCAGACACAUCGUGAGGCCCAAGAGUGCAGAGCCGCCCCGUUCCCCACUGCUGAAGCGGGUACAGUCAGAGGAAAAGCUGUCACCCUCCUACAGCAGUGACAAGAAGCACCUGUGCUCCCGCAAGCACAGCCUGGAGGUGACACAAGAGGAGGUGCAGAGGGAACAGUGUCAGAGGGAGGUGACGCUGCAGAGCCUGGAGGAGAAUGUAUGUGACGCGCCUUCCCUCAGUCGGGCCAGGCCAGUAGAACAAGGCUGUUUGAAACGCCCUGUGUCUCGGAAGCUGGGCAGGCAAGAGUCUGUGGAUGACCUGGACCGGGACAAGCUAAAGGCCAAGGUCAUAGUGAAGAAACCAGAGGAGAAACAUGAACCCCACCAGAAACCUCACAGCCUUGGUGGUGAUUCAGAAAGCUAUGCUCUCUUCAGGCUGGAGGAGAGAGAGAAGAAAGUGUACCCCAAGGGGUUGGACAGGUCAGGUCAUUUUGAAAACACAACAGCAGAGUCGUCUUCUGUGGGAAGCCUGCUAAAGGACACUCUCCACAAGCAGGCCAGCGUGCGGGCCAUUGAAGGGGUGGCCUCAGAAGGGGCAGCAUGCAGCCUGGCACCUGGGGAGCACAGCCAAUCUCUAAGUGACUUUAAGAGGGCUUCAGCAUCUAGCAUCCUCCAGGAUAGUAUGUGUCACAUCCCUGACAGGCCCACUCCUGGAAAGGGUGAAUACACAGAGAAGGUCUCCCAGGCCAAAGAGCUUCUUCGAAGUGAGAAACUAGACAGCAAGCUGGCCAAUAUUGAUUACCUCCGAAAGAAAAUGUCACUGGAUGACAAAGACGAUAGUCACAUCCUGAAACCCAAGAUGACAUCUAGCACCCAUGAAUGCUUGCCAGGGAACCCUGUACGGCCCAUGGCUGGACAACAGGAGACCAUGCCAGCCCCUGAGAGCCGGGCAUUUAUCAGCAGUACCCACACAUCUCAGAUGAGUGCUGUUUCCUUUGUUCCUCUCAAAGCCUUAGCUGGCCGGGGAGAGAAUGGAGGGGAGAAAGCAGGCUUUGUUGCUCCCGAAUCCCCUGUGAGGAAGAGCCCCUCUGAGUAUAAGCUGGAGGGCAGGUCAGUUUCGUACCUAAAGCCAAUUGAAGGCACACUGGACAUUGCUCUCCUGUCUGGACCUCAUGCCUCCAAAACAGAGCUGCUUUCCCCAGAGCCUGCACAGAGCCCUAGCCCAGGUGUCAGCAUGGGAUCUUCUGGGCCACCAGCUCUUCCUGGUAGCAGUGGGAAGAAGAGUGACUCCACCAGCCUGAGAGAGCCUUCCUCCGCCAGCUUAAAGGUGAACAAAUCUUACCUGCUGGAGCCUCGGUUCCUGCCCCCAAGCCGGGGUCUCCAGGACUCCCUAGCAGCUCUGGGGACAGAGCCAAAGUCAAAGCAGGAUAGGAAGGCCAUUCAUCCUGCUGCCAGGACCACAGCAACUGUCACAGAGAGCCACCUCCAGCAGAAAGACAGUAGUCCCACCAAACACCAAGACCGUUCCAGUGACACCAAGGUCCUUCCUGGCUCUGGGCAGACCCUACAUAAUGUUGACCCAGCCAGGCUGGGUACACGUGCCCUGCUCCCACCAGAAGGGAUCUCUUCAAAGGAGAAGCCGUGUCUGAAGGAACCCUCUGAAAAGGUGAAGAGCGAAAGCUCCGCCAUGAGGGAUGAUGUAUACAGAGACCCCUGUGUGAAGCUGUGUCCUACAGAGACUGGUAAAGCCAGUGACAAUUCCAAAAGUCUCCCUUCUGGGGGAAGGACCCACCCCGAUUUCUACAUGCAGACUCAGACCACGGAGAAAACAUGGGUGUGUGCAAAAACAAACUACAGAGAUGGCCAAGAGGAGGUAAAGUCCCUGGCCAGGGAAGACUCCUUUCACUCAGCUGGGCUUCUAUAUGAAAAGGAGGUCGGCAGGGCAAGGAAAGGCACAGAAUCCAAACCUGAAGUUCCUGCCACCAGGCACCCUCCUCAGCCACCAGGAAUUGACAGUGAGAAGAGUGAAAAGCUCUCCACCACCGCCUCUCUGCAGAAACAGGCUCCCAGAGAGCCCGACAGGAAGGAACAGGGUCCACAGAGACAUGGGGGCAGUGGUCCUCAACAACCCCCGACCACCAAAGAGCUGUCUAACCCAGCAGCUUGGCAGCAUUGCAGUUCUCCAAACCAUACUUUUACCAAGGAUCUGGGGACCAAACCUGCUACACAACCCAGCACCAGCCUCCAGGACACUCCCAGAUCUGCUGCUGCACCCAUCACUACUACCACUGCCACCACCAGUGCUGGGCACAGUGACUGCAGUAGCCAUAAGUCCCAGCCUGGCCCUGAUCCCAGCCCUUCAAAGUGUAAGCACCCUGACAGGUCCCUCUCCUCACAGAAGCCGAGUGCUGGGUCUGUAAAAGGCAAAGAGCCUGCCACUCAACCCCUCGGUGGCUCCAGCAGAGAGGGUAAGGUUGGCAGUAAGGGUCCCUUAGACGUGUUCCCUGACAUCCUGGCUACCCAGGGCAAAGCAGUCAAUGUGUUUGGGCAGGGAGAAAGUAGGGUCACUAUCACUCUCCACACUGAAGAGAGUACUCUAGAUGCCAAACUGAAAACCACCAAUGGAGGCUGUCCCCAAGAGAUACAGGAAAAGCAUCCACCCAGACAAGGACAUCCAGGGUUCAAUGAAGCAGUAGACCAGAAACUUCUCACUUCUGGUGAAAAGCAAAGCCUGUCUCCAAAGCAUUCAAAACCAUCCACUGUGAAAGACGGCCCCACUCUGGGCAGACAGACAGACAAAAGCCCAAGUCAACAGGCUUCCACUGGGGACAGAAGGUCAGAAGGAAAGAAAUGCCCAGAAGCACUUUAUGUUCCAGCCCCAGAGGGCUACAAGCUGGAGGCCAGCCCUUCCCUGCACCAUGGUGAGAGCCGACUCAAAGGCCCCGACAGGCCAGCCAUGGGGAAGGGCUUCUCAGAGUCCAAGGGGAAAGGGCCUAGUCCUCAGAAGCCACUGUCUGAAACAGGCAAGCCCAGCGGGAUGAAACGGUCACCCUCUGCCACUGCACAGAGUUCUCUCCGCUCAGCUGGUCCCCCAGGAAAGUCUCUGAGCUAUUCAGCCAGCUUUCCUGAGGCCCAGCCUGCAGUACGAGAGGUCACCGCGGCAGCCACCAGCAGCCCCUCAUCAGCCAAGGCUAUCACAGGGACCUCAGAAUCCCCAGCCCCCAGCAGCAGGGACCACAGGAAGUCCCAGUCUGGGGGAGAUGGCCGAAGCCAAAUGACAAAGAGUGACUCUCUGCCCUCCUUCCGCCUCUCCAACUCUGCCCUGGAGUCACAACUCCCAGACCCACAGGUGCCCAGCACAGCAGGUCACCGGGACAGGGCAUUGUCAGUAACUGCUACCACAGGGGAACCCAAAGGGAGAGAGCUUACCCAGCCUCCCCCAGCCAGGAAACAGAAUGUGGGCAGGGAGGUGACCAGAGCACCCCCAGCCCAAAGCACAGACCGCCCCCUCCCUCUCUCCUCUGAGAAGGACUUUGUUGUGCGGCAGAGGAGGGCCAAGGAGAGCUUGCGUAGCAGUCCUCACAAAAAGGCCUCCUAACAUGCAGCCUUGGUGCAGGGCUGAGACCCCACCCGAGCAUACUUGUAACUGGGUCUUUGCCACCUUACAAACCAGCACUGUAUGGGAAUGUCCUCCAAGCAGAGCUCAGAGGCUCACUGAAGAGGAGGAGGAGGAGAGAUGGAAAAAGGGAACUUUUUUCCAGAUGCCUUCCCAGUUGUAACCGGUAAAACUGUUGCCAGAUAGUGUUUGUACAAAACCUACCUUUCCAGCCCGGUGUGCUGGUAAGGAAGUCUCGCUGUACAUACCUAGCAAAAUGUGUUUGGUUCGGGGUGUAGAGUGUGUACCUUGCUGCUGACCACCUUGUUGACCGAAGUGUUUCUAAAAGAUGAUGUUUGUUUUAACAUCUAACCCUAAUGUAGUAAUGAAGCAAAGUGGUCAGAGCUGGGUGUGUGUGAAAAUAGAAACCCACCUAUGAUCGCAUAUGUACACAUCCACCUACGUGUUUUGGUCUGUGGUUUGAGAAUAGUUCAAGGCUCCAUUUGUAUAAGUAGAGUUAAAGAUGAAAGAAAGCCCUAAAUACAGUAAGUAGAUGGUGAGUUUUUGUGUGUAUAUUUAACCACGAUCUUUGAUCAUACAGAAUCUGGCUACAUGUAUUUCUGAGCUGCUGCAUUCAGGCCCCCUCUGCUAGGAGUGGCCAGGACAGGUGGAGCCAGGCAUCUAUUUGACAGCCCUUGUAGGGGACAUUUUGACCCUCAGGUCCAAGUGGCUAAAACGGCAAUUGUCAUUGUCUCUGGGUUAUAUGUCUGGUUUUCACCUGAGGGCUCGCAGGGA